GCGGCGGGGUGCCGGCAGGGGGCGUGGCCCGGUCGGAGUGUCCCGGGAGCAGCACGUGGAAGGGGCCGGUGUCCGUCUGCUCGUGCCGGCGGGGGGGAGUCGAGCGCCGCCAUGCAAGAGCCGGAGCAGCCCGACGGGGGGUCCUCGGGCGGCCCCGAGUGGAACAUCCCGCCCAACGCGCCCGCCUGCAUGGAGCGCCACCUGGACGGGGCCCACUACCGCCCAGAUGGAGCUCUUCUCCUGGGUGCUUCUAGCUUGAGUGGACGUUGCUGGGUGGGUUCCAUUUGGGUGUUUAAAGAUCCAGAACGGGCUCCUAAUGAAGGCUUUUGCUCUGCUGGGGUUCAGACGGAAGCAGGCGUAGCGGAUCUGAAAUGGGUAGCGGAUAAAGGAAUACUAGUGGCCUCAGAUUCUGGUGCUGUGGAGCUCUGGGAGUUGGAUGAGAACGAAACUCUAAUAGUGAACAAGUUUUGUAAAUAUGAGCAUGACGACAUUGUGACAACAGUGAGCGUUUUCACUAACGCCACUCAGGCGGUUAGUGGCAGCAAAGAUUUCUGCGUGAAGGUUUGGGACAUCCCACAGCAAACAGUGCUGCACUCUUACAGAGCUCAUUCCAGCCCAGUGACAUGUGUGGCCUCUUGUCCCGGUAAGGAUACCGUGUUCCUGUCCUGUGCUGAGGAUGACAGAAUUUUACUGUGGGAUACUAGAUGCCCCAAACCAGCUACUCGAAUUGUUUGCAGUGCCUCUGCUUACCUCCCUACCUCAGUUAUGUGGCAUCCACAGCAAAGUGACACAUUUGUUUUGGGUGAUGAAAAUGGGACAGUUGCUCUUGUAGACACGAAGAACCCAGACUCCGCUUUAAGUUCACCUGUGCACUCCCAAACCAUCACUGGGUUUGCAUUUUCUACACACAGUUCGCCCCUUCUGGCUUCAAUUAGUGAAGACUGCUCGGUAGCUGUUCUUGACUCCAGCCUUUCAGAGGUUUUCAGAAGUCGCUCUCAUCGAGACUUUGUGAGAGGCCUAUCGUGGUCUCCCUUGAACAAGGCCUUGCUCUCUACAGUUGGAUGGGACCAUCAAGUUUUACACCACACAGUUCCAACACAGACUACUGAAGCUGCUGAGAGCAACAGUGUACAUGACUAGUUUUAUAAACUCACUGGUCCAGAUUUAUCCCUGGUAUAACUGCAGAUGUUAUGCCCCAGGGAUGUAUAUGGCCCAUUGCCUGUCUCAGAGCUUAUGGCUUGCAACCAAGAAGACAGGCCCGGUAGCAACUUUGCAUUAGGCACGAGCUAAUUACAAAAACAGCCCCUUGAUGUAGAGUCCAGAUUCACCUGUGAUAAAGCUUUAACAUGUUGCACCAGAGAAUUCUGAUUUCAGGCACAAGGAAUUGCAGGGAAGUGGGCAAUUAGGUAAAAAUAAAUAAAUAAAACCAUAAA